GAACAGGUACCUCUCUCUCUCUCUCUCUCUCUCUCUCUCUGUGGUGGUGGUGGUGUCUUUUUAUGGGUAAUUUAGAGGCACUAGCAUAAUAUCAGUGGUCUUAGUAAGUAAACACUAGCAUAACAUCGAACAGGUACCCAUCUCCUCUCCCUUCUUUUUUAGGGUCCGAAGCAGUGGCUUUCUAGGCUUCUGCUCAGGGCCGGCCCUGGUGGAGAUAUACAGACCUGUCACCUGUGGUGUAUCAGAAUCAGAGCUAAGCUCCCUCAAUCCUUAGUCAAAUAAUCCUUCCAAAUGCCAUGUGCUCCCGCUCUCGAUCCUCGCUGCUGUUGUGAAUUUUAGUAAGUUGGGAUGUGUUUCAAGGACGCUUUCACGCUCGUGCUCGCGCUUUCACUCCCGCUCAUGCACGCAAAUUAUGUGACUUAGCCUCAAUCCACUCUUUUUCACUUCAUAUAAUAUAUAUGGAAGUUACUUGACUAGAAGCACUUUUACUUAGAGAUUUCUGAUUCAUUUCAAUCUUGGCUAAACAAAUGCAGAAGAAAUUAAGUAGCUGUGAAUUUCGGAGAUCACUGAUUGUAUGAAGUGCUUGAAGGAAUGAAGAUUUUAAGCAGUACACUCAUUAUGAAGCCCAGUUUCUUGACUGUGCGAUAUGACUUUCCUGCUUUUACAUUGUAUGAACCCAUGUUGACCACUUCAUCAACUCUAUGGUCAAAUAGAACUAGAUUCAUGACAAAAUUUCAGUGCUCUGUUGCAAGCGGGGCUUUUGCAUCUGACUCUGUACAUUCUCCGGCAAAGGCGGAAGCAGCUUAUUCAGGUAGGAAACAAGGAAGUUCCUCCUCCUUAUAUAGUCGUCCGAGUUUAUUAGAAAUGAGGAAUGAGAAGCUGGCAAAUCGUGACCGUGUUUAUGAGUUCUUGAAGGGAAUUGGUAUUGUACCUGAUGAGCUUGAUGGGUUGGAGCUUCCAGUGACAGUUGAUGUCAUGAGGGAACGUGUCGACUUCCUGCAUAAACUAGGACUUUCCAUUGAUGAAAUCAACAAUUAUCCGCUUGUUCUUGGCUGCAGUGUGAAGAAAAACAUGAUUCCUGUGCUUGAUUAUCUAGGCAAAUUGGGUGUUAGGAAAUCUACUUUUACUGACUUCUUGCAACGAUAUCCACAAGUCCUCCAUGCUAGUGUUGUGGUAGACCUUGACCCAGUUGUUAAAUAUCUGCAGGGUAUGGACAUUAAGCCAAAUGAUAUCCCUAGGGUCCUCGAGAGGUAUCCAGAAGUACUGGGAUUCAAGCUUGAGGGAACCAUGAGCACAUCGGUGGCUUAUUUGGUAGGAAUUGGCGUGGCAAGAAGGGAAAUUGGUGGGGUUUUAACUAGGUACCCACAGAUUUUGGGAAUGCGAGUUGCCAGGGUAAUCAAACCCUUUGUGGAAUAUCUUGAAAGUUUGGGAAUACCAAGACUAGCUGUGGCUAGACUGAUUGAGAAGCGGCCUCACAUUCUUGGAUUUGGACUAAGAGAAAUGGUGAAACCAAAUGUUGAAUCCCUUCUUGAUUUCAAUGUCAGACAUACUUCACUUUCUUCUGUGAUUGCACAAUAUCCUGAAAUUAUAGGAAUUGACCUGCAACCAAAGCUUCUGAGUCAAUUUAGCUUCCUGAAUUUGAUUAUUGGUUUAGAUCGUGAAGAUUUUGGGAGAGUCGUUGAGAAGCUGCCGCAGGUUGUUAGCCUUAGUAAUUCACCUGUAGUAAAGCAUGUAGAUUUCCUCAAGGACUGUGGAUUUUCAUUGGAACAAGUACGAAAGAUGGUGGUAGGUUGCCCCCAGCUCCUUGCUUUGAAUCUCGAUAUUAUGAAACUCUGUUUUGAUUACUUCCAGAAUGAGAUGGGGAUGGGCAUGGACGACUUGGUUAAUUUUCCAGCCUUCUUUACUUAUGGCCUGGAAUCUACUAUAAAACCAAGACAUAAGAUGGUUGCAAAGAAAGGCUUGAAAUGUUCACUUGCAUGGCUUCUUAACUGCUCUGACGAGAAAUUUUCUGAAAGGAUGAACUAUGACUUCAUUGACAUGGAGGAGGUAGAUAUGGAUUUGUCAUUUGACAUGAAUACUUUGACAGAGCCCACAAGUGAUGACUCGGCUUCUGAUUUUGAGGACGACAGUGAUGACGAUGAGUAUGUAUAGAUAAUGGAUAUCUCGCUUUCUUCUAUUGAACCUUUGUGUUACCAUUCCUAGGUUCUUAGAGCAAAAGGUGAAUUGUUAGUUCCGAAUCACUUGAAAUUUUGGUUUUGGCUUGAAAUAAGCUCCCGAAGGCAAUGUUGUAAUGGGGAUUCAUGUGGAAUGGCUCGGAAUUCAGUACUAUAUUAUAUAUGGAUUCUCAUCCCACAAACUCAAUGGGAAUUAACUACUUAGUAUUUCAACACAUGCAUCGUUCUGGAAAAUCUGAGUUGAGCAAUAGAACAAAUGCUGUUGAUUUUUUGAAGUUGGGUUUUGGAGGGCGCACUAUAGUACUAUACUUACUGAAUGUAUUGAUAUGGACCACAGCACGUUGACAACUAGCAUAAUCCACUUGAAAAUCUAGUGUUUAGUGUCUUUUUUUUUCCUUUUCCUUUUCUUAUUUUUUUAGGUUUGGCCACAACCUUCUCCAAGGAAUAGACUGGGAACAAGCCUCUUGAAGAGGUGAUUGGAAAGUCACGGCAGCAAUCUGGCUGUUUCACUGAAUUCACUAGCCUUCUUGUAAUGCCAGUGGCUUUACCUGAAAUGCCAAUCCUACUCUGUUUUUCAGGAUCUUGGAGCACAAUGGGAAGUGGAUGAUGAUUCAAUCCCUGUUUGAAGACAGGGAAGCCAUCAGUCAGGAAUCGAGCAUUGCAAAGUCAACAAAAUUCGGUUAAGUACCAUGCCACUGUAUAUUGAUCUCCUCUGUUAAGCAGUUGCGUAGUUAAUACUCUGUUAUACACAAAUUUACAUUUAUGGGACUUCGCUACUGUCAGAAGAUUCCCUAUGCUAUUGUUUUGUUCAGCGCUUCUUAUUACAAGUCAAUCGUUGGUUUUUCCUGUUA